AUGGCAUCCAUCCAGGUCGCCCAGCCGACCAAGUCGCGCCAGCACAGUAUCAGCGGCAGUUCCGUGUCGACGCAGGGCAGUCCUCCGCACUCUCUCUCGAGGAAGCCAGGCCGGGCCUCUCUCGCGGUGCAGGCUGCCCAGCCCAACAUGUCGAGCAGCACGCCACUGCUUCGGCCACCAUCCCAGCAGCCGCCGCCCAUCCCGGAACAGUUGUCAGCGUUGGCAUCGGCGCCGGUCUCGUCCGACGUCGACCGCACGUCCAACCAGAGCGCCAAGUCCAUGCACGCACCCUCGACCGACACGGCCGUCUCGUCGCAGCACUCGUCACUAUCCGGCUCCGGCGCUGCUGCCAUCGCCGUGGCCGCCCGCCACUCCAACCCGGAUGCACACCCGCCGCGCAAGCUGCGGUCACAGUACCCCAGAGGCGCAACCGAAAACCAUGUGGAGUACAUCCUGGUGGCCUCGUUUGACAUCGACAAGGGCCCCAUCAUGGAGCAUCAGUAUCCCGUGGCCAUCACGGGUGACGAGCACAUGCUGGCCGAGCUUAUGCUGCCCGACCAGACCCAUCUGCGCAACCAGGACUGGACCAUGUUCUUCCUGCACAAGGACACCACGCCCGAGGAGGAAGAUCAGGAGCGGCUCGAGAAGGCGCGGCGUCGGGAGAAGCGCAGGCGCAAGCAUGGCCACGUUGCCACCACCGACAACAUCAAAACAACCGACGGGACUGAGACGAACGGGCUGUCCGAGUCGGAUGCCGACAACGAAGAAGCGCCCGAGAAAGACAAGGACGCAGACGACAACGACAACGACGAUUACGACGACGACGAUGACGAUGACGAUGAAGACGAGGACAGCAUGUCGACGGACAGCGAGCCGGAGGGCGGCGAGGGCGCCCCGCUGAUCUAUGUCCUGAACCUUGUCAACACGAAGCAGGACAAGACGCAGAAGCGUGGCGCUGUGGUCAAGUCCAUGGCCAUCUGCACGCGCCAUCCCUUCCUGCACAUAUACAAGCCGCUGCUCCUGCUCGCACUCGAGGAGUACUUCAAGUCGCCGGUGCCAGAGACGCUGUCGAUGCUGUACGAGGCGGUCAAUGCGAUGGACCUGUCGCUGCUGCCGCGGCUCAGCCGGCUGGAGCGCCACCUGCUGCAGGCGAGCGAGAACAAGGACCUGUUUGUGGACAAGUUUGAGCAGAUGAUCCAGAUGCGGAUCGCGGCCGAACGCGGCGACGGCAUGGCCGGCCAACCGCUAGACGCAAGCCGCAGCCCGCCCAAGCCGGCUGGCGCGAUUCUGCGGUCCGGCACCAAGGCACACUUUGAGGGCCACGCAACAGCCUAUGCGGUGCCGCGCGACACGCACGAGUUUGAGAGCAAGGUGCUCUACAAGGGCAUCCCGAUCCCGAUCAAGGUGCCGGUGGCCGUGAUGCCCGAAAACGUCGGCGACUUCUCGCUCGUGAAGCUGAUCCAGAACUUUGCCGACCCGCACGCGAAACAGCCACAGCCGUUUGCAGCACACGCCCAUCUCACAACUAGCGGCCCGCUGACUCAUCCAAUCAUCGUCCUCGUCAACGCCCUGCUGACCCAGAAGCGCAUCAUCUUCCUCGGCCACAACAUGCCGUCGGGCGAGGUGGCCGAGGCCGUGCUGGCAGCCUGUGCCCUCGCCUCUGGCGGCGUUCUCCGCGGCUUCACUCGCCACGCCUUUCCCUACACGGACCUGACCAAGAUUGAGGAUCUGUUGCUGGUCCCCGGCUUCAUCGCCGGCGUCACCAACCCGACCUUUGAGCUGCACCCCGAAUGGUGGGACCUGCUGUGCGACCUGCCGUCGGGCCGCAUCAAGAUCAGCUCCCGCAUCGAAGACGCCCCCAUCACCCAAGGCCUGCUCUCCUUCAAGCAGCAGCAUCCGGCCUAUGCUGCCCUCGUCAAUACUUCUCUGACUCCGGCCUCGUCCUCGGCCUCAGCUGUGGCUGCCACUGCCAGCGCCGACCUCACUGGUGACAACGCCUUCAUGGCCGACAUUCUCAAGAGCAUCCACGCCCGUCUCGGCGAGCGCGCCAUCCGGGCCAAGUGGCGCGAUUGGGUCGUCAAGUUUACCCGCAUCGCCGCCGCCUUUGAGGAGUCCGUCUAUGGUGCCAGCGUCCUCAACUCCGACAGCGCUGACUAUGCCGCCGACCUGACUGCCAACUCGCCCGUUGCCACCACGCCCACCGCCGCCAUUCCCACCAACAACAGCUUCACCGCCACCUCCACCGGUCACGGCUACGUCUGGGCCGACGACAACGCCAAGCAGCGUGAGCUGGCCGGCAACGUCACCCGCGUCGAGGGCUGGCGCAACACCAGGAGCUACCUGAGCUUCAUCAAGGACGUCGCUCAGCAAAUCACCGUUCGCCCCCUCAAAGGCCUCGACCUACACCACAUGCACGACCGCCUGCGCACCCAGCGCCUGACGCCGGCACAGAGCCGCGAAAUCUACCUGACCCUGUCCCGCCAUGUGUACUCGUACGACGAGAUCUGCCUGCUGCUCUCCGUCGCCCCCGAGUCGCACGGCGGCCUCUUCUACGUUGCCCUCGGCCUCUUCCACCGGGACAAGGACGUCCGCACCAAGACGACCGAGCUGCUCGAGCGCAUCAGCGAGCACGAGGCCGGCCGCCAUUGGUGGCAGGGCCUGAGCCGCUUCGAGAAGAUGGCCUACAUGCGCAUCCGCCGCGACGACGACGCCGAGAUGCGCGGCAAGCUCGAGAAGGAAGGCCUCGUCAACCAGGCUGCCGCCGCCGCAGCAGCACUUGCCGCCGCUGGCAAUGGCAGCGGCAAUGGUGGCAGUUCUGCUGCUGCCAACACCGUCCUCGUCGAUCCGCGCUCCAGCUAG